GUCUUUAUAAUGUUUUGACACCACCCCUUUGCUGCAGACGGAUCGUACCGGAGUGCUCGGGUGUAAACAAAUCUAUAAUCUAGCCAUUUGUUCUCCAAAGAUAUGAUGACCAUAUGAAUGGAAAACAUACGUCGCCUCUGGGGCGUUGACAAGGAACAUCACAUGGGAAAGCGCUUGAAUUCCGUCGUUAACUGUUUAUCAAUGCCGCUCAACACAUCACCCCCGUGGUUGUUAGGUGAAGCAUUAUCCUAAUCUGUAUAAUAUUCACUUUAACGAUGGCGACACCUGCAGAACAGGACCUUGUGUUGGCGGAAGCAGAGAGCAACAAAGAGAGAGCGCAAGUGUUCGGUAUCCUCAGAUUGCAGGAGGAUAAAUCGGCCGGUGAGAAAGCGAGCAGCGCUGCCAUGAAAUCUGGAGACGGGAGAUGGCAGGCGCCCAUAUUCGCUUUAGCCAGAAAAGCGUCAGAAACCUUCUCGGGUGGCAUUCACGUCCUGCCCAAAGUGAUAGAGCCUAAAACAUCGCCCUUUUCAGAAGAAUGGGGUGCCAAGGCCUUUCGAGAUCCUAUGGCAAUGGAACGAGCAAACUUGCUUAAUAUGGCUAAGCUUAGCAUCAAAGGCCUGAUCGAGUCAGCUCUGAGCUUUGGACGAACUCUGGACUCUGACUAUCCGCCACUGCAACAGUUCUUUGUUGUCAUGGAGCAUUGCCUGAAGCACGGACUCAAAGAUCGUAUCCCUGAGUUGUUUAACAAACACGUUGGUCUCCAUCUCCCAGUGAAGAAAUCGUUUCUUGGUUACAACAAGUCAUUGUGGGGGCCUCUGGAGAUGGUUGAGAAGCUGUGCCCAGAAGCAGGCGAAAUCGCAGCCAGUGUACGGGACCUUCCUGGCCUUAAGACGCCUCUGGGCAGAGCCAGAGCAUGGCUGAGACUGGCACUGAUGCAGAAGAAAUUAGCAGAUUACCUCCGUCUUCUCAUCACCAGGAAAGAUAUACUUAGUGAGUUCUAUGAGAACUCAGCAGUGAUGCUGGAGGAGGAGGGAGCCGUCAUCGUUGGUCUCCUGGUGGGACUUAACGUCAUAGAUGCCAACUUAUGCGUGAAGGGCGAGGACCUUGAUACACAAGUUGGUGUAAUAGAUUUCUCCAUGUACUUGAAGAAUGACAUCGAUGACUAUAGAAGUGAAGAAAGAAAUGGCCAAAUUGCAGCUAUUUUGGAUCAGAAGAAUUAUGUUGAAGAAUUAAAUAGGCAGUUGAAUUCUACAGUUCAAGGCUUACAGGGACGCGUGGAGUCAUUAGAAAAAUCCAACUCCAAACUCAUUGAAGAGUUGGCAAUAGCAAAAAACAACAUUAUUAAACUACAGGAAGAGAACCACCAACUCAGAACAGAAAAUUCUGUCAUUUUUAUGAAAGCACAACAGCGUCUUGAGAUUACAGAAGGAGAUUUGAACUGUGAGCUGGAUACGUACAAGCAGUCAAGGCAGGGCCUGGAUGAAAUGUACAACGAGGCAAGACGCCAACUAAAAGAGGAAUGUCAGCUCAGACAGGAUGUGGAGAACGAGCUGGUUGUGCAGGUGAGCAUGAAGCAGGAGAUGGAGAUGGCCAUGAAACUGUUAGAAAAGGACAUCCAUGAAAAACAAGACACUCUGAUUGGACUUAGGCACCAGUUAGAUGAAGUUAAAGCCAUCAAUGUGGAGAUGUACCAAAAAAUGCAGUCUUCAGAUGACAGCAUGAGACAAAAAAAUGACAUGAUCGCACGGUUGGAGGAGAAGACCAAUCAAAUAACGGCAACCAUGAAACAACUAGAGCAAAGAUUGCAGGAUGCCGAGAGGGAACGUACCAGUGCCGAAGAUGGUGUGCGCAAAUUCAAGCAGGACUUCACGAACAAAGCCGACAGUCUCCAAAAGCAGAUAGUCCAGAGAGAGAAGCAAAUGAUGCAGCUGGAAACAGACUUGAAAAUAGAGAGAGAUUGGCGGCAGACAUUACAAAAUGAAUUAGAAAGAGAACGAGAGACCAUCACCCAACUCACUGCUGAAGCACAGCAAAUCAACGGACUCAAAAAAGAGUUUCACAGGUUGCAGGAUGAAAACACGCAGCUGAAGGGAAUUUGUGAGGAGCAAGAAAAGGCGCUGGAGGAACUGGGCUGCAAACUCAGCGAGUCAAAGUUGAAAAUUGAAGAUAUAAAAGAAGCCAACAAGGCACUUCAGGGUGGACAGGUUUGGCUGAAGGACAAAGAUGCUACGCAUUGCAAGCUUUGUGAGAAGGAAUUUUCAAUCUCCAGAAGAAAGCAUCACUGCAGGAACUGUGGAGAGAUCUUCUGCAAUGCCUGCUCAGAUAAUGAGCUGCCGCUCCCUGCUUCACCCAAACCUGUGAGAGUCUGUGACACCUGCCACGCUUUGCUCCUCCAGCGCUGCUCCUCCAACGCAACAUAAGAUAGCAGCACAUUGUCACAAGGGCCAAUAUCAGCUUUAUAUCGGACACUGCGCUGUCCCACAUUAUCAAAGUGACCAAAAUGGAUGCACCCGUUUCUCUGUUUGAAGUUUACAUUUCACAUAGGAAAAGGCCUGUUAUCACAGAGCAAACUUAAUGGCACUUGUGCAGAUGGCCAAUGCAGUGUUUGUGCGCAAUGAAAGAAAUGUUUACAAAUGGAUUAAUGACUCUUAAUCCCUCCAUCUGGGCUGCAAGAUUUAGAUUAUUUAUAUUAGUACAACACUCCCAUGCAUUGUAAAUAUACUUCUGAUAUAUGAAGGGUGAACAGGUUUCAUUCCUCGUCAUGAGUCAAAAGUAAGCAAAUGCAGUUUAAAGGGAUAUCAUUUCUUGAGCAAUUACAUUUCAAAUUCAGUUGAAAAAACCUUACAUUCAUGUGUGCCUGUAUAACAAGCCAAACUGACAAACAGGGAUUUGACACAUUUCCCUGAAUCUUGAUGGGCAAAAAAAUGUGCGUGUAUAUACAAGUAAACGUUAUCAGUGCCACUCAAGCAUGACGGAGAUAGAUUCACGUCAAAUAGCACAGAAAUAAUGUUCUGAAUAUGGUGUUCAGGUUUCUUGUCUGCAGUACUGUAUUAUUUCACAAUUGCAGAUUUACCUUGGAACAGAACUAGAACACUACUCACUUUGAGUAUUUGUGCUAACUUUUGCCUAAAAAAAAUACAACUGUUAACUUAAAUGUGAGAUUUAUGUAUGAAACUGUACAUAUGCCUUAAACCACUAAAGUUGAUUAUAAUUCCA